GUUACUGUACUUCAUAUUGUUAUGAAAAAAUCGCUUUUCUCUUUGAUUAGGUUUCGUACAGGAGCAAUUGCUUCAAAAUUUUCGUUUGAAGUUCUGCUAAUUUGUUGUUAUUUCUGUACGGUAUCUCUGCUCGCCCGAUCUAUUGCAGUAUUUAAUAUGGUACUGUACUCUGUCAGUCCUACUGCAGUACCGUACUGUCUGACUGUUGUCAAAUUAUAUUCUCUUUUAGUACUUUCUACUUUUUCAGGUAUUAGUUGAAUAUUAUUUUAGUUCCAUUUGGAAAUAUUUUGCGAAGAGUUACAAGUUAGUUACUAAUAUAGCUGUAUUGCCUGCAUAGAAACUGACAAAAUACCGUACAUAUCAUAACUCGUAACUAAUAUACCUAUUUUUUACAUCAGCUUUCUAUUUUAAACCAGGCUAUCUACAUCUUUUUCUUUUUCACUGUUUCAGCGUAUAAAUACAGAAUACUGAGACAAUAACAUUUUUAAGUCUGUCAGACAAUCGUAGUCCAUUGAUAUAUAUAUAUGUUAUUGUGAAUUUAAAUUUGUUGUGGUUGCUGCUGGAUUACCAAUUGCCGUUUUUAUGACUUCAAAAUGCCAAUGGAGGAUAACAAUGAUAAUCAAAGAGCCAAAUUGUACAGGAAUGGGACCUCAGAUAAGAUCAUCACCUCCGAGACAACCAAAUGCACCAGGACAGCGAAUAGGGCCACAACUUGUUGCAUCACAUAGAGCACCAAAUGCAAACCAACCCACCGGAAAGCCAGUGAGACCAUUUCACAAACUAAGGAAACCGAAUCCAAGAUUUGAACAAAGGUAUGUACCAAGAACCAGAUUUAGAGUUCAUGAAAAGCCCAUCCGACCAUUAUUUGGAAAGAAUAGAAUAUAUAUUAAUCCAAAAUUAGCAUCAUCAAGUUCAAAAAAUAUUAAGGUGCAAUCUGAAGAUAUCACAAAAUCUAAAGAAGUUGAAGAAAAGAUUAUUGCUGAUAAAGCCGAGCCCAAGGUUAUUGGAACUUCUACUAACACUUAUGAACCAAAUUUGGAAAUAAGGAAGAAUGAAAAUAGUGUUAAAUGUCAAAAAGAACUAAAGAACAGUAAUGUACCUCAAAAAGACGAUCUUGGUAAAAAUAUUUCUGUAUCCAGUGGAAAUGAUAUUGAACAUUCAAAUGCCUACUUGGAACACAUUAAAAAAUUGAAAGGCAUUAAAAUGUCAUCAGCAGUCAGCAUGAUUAGCGAAUCUAAAAAUUUGAAACAUGAAUCAGUUUUCCAUGAAGAAACUACAAAAGAAUCAAGUGUUAAACAUACUCAAAUACUACAAAUAUCCCAAGCUUCCACAGUUUUCAAAGGUAAAUGUAUUGUUGUCAACAAAACAUCUACAUGUACUCUAACUAAUCAAGAUGAAAUUCCAGAUUCUAAAUUUCAUCCUGAUAUAUCAACUGGCAUUAAAAUGUCAUCCGCAGCCAACAUGAUUAGCGUUACUAAAAAUUUAGAACAUGGAUCAGUUUCCCAUCAAGAAACUACGAAAGAAUCGAAUAUUGAUCAUACUGAAAUAGCACUAGUAUCCCAAGCUUCUAGAGUUCUCGAAGGUGACUGUAUUGUUCUUAACAAAAAAUCUACAUGCACCCAAACUAAGCAAGAUGAGGUACAUGAUUCUAAAUCCCAACCUGGUGUAUCGACUGAGAGUGUUGUUAAUAAAUCUACUGAUUCAAAUGAACUAUAUACAGAGCCUAUUAGUAAAGUACCAAAAUCUGAGCAAUGCUCUAAUGAAGCCCUUUCUAAGCCUUUGAUGCCUUUAAUCAAGCCUGAAGUAUCUGAUUUUAACUCCACUGUAAAGACGUCUGUAAAAAUUGAAAAAAAUAUUACAGAUAGUAUUGAACCCGUUCAAUUUACUGCUGUAAAACAAGCUAGUCGUAAACCUGGUAAAGUGGCAAACUCUGUAGAAAAAUCAGAUUCUAAGCAUCGUGAUUCUGAUAUAAUUGCGCAACCUUUCGGUACCAUACUUAAACAGCGUGUGAAAGGUGAUCAAGAACCAAUAGUAUCUCAUACAGAAACAUUACCUUAUGAUGAAAAGGAGACAUAUGAAAAUGAAGAUAUGCCAACACCAGAUGAUGAUGACGGUGAAUUUGUUACAUUGGAUAGUUGGGAUAAUAAUGACACUUCUAAAUCUACGACGAGACGUAAGGCAUCUGAUUUUUUCGAUGAGGAUAAAGAUAAACGAAUCGGACCAGUAUGGGAGAAUGUACCCAAAGGAAAGAAAAUUAAUUUAAGAGGCAUUUUAAAAAGAAAAACUGAGGAUAAUAAACAAAACUUAGUAGUCACUGUAAAAUCCCCUGCAAUUUUGGAUAAAACGAGACCCAUUACUCCUACAAAAAGAGUAAAACCCACGAUCCGCCAAUUUGAGACUGAACCGAAUUCUAUGGUUGCUGUACCAUCCAUAGAACAUGGUCAAGAUUUACAAGCCGAAAUGCGCUUGGACAAUGCAAUGGCGGCAGGAUUGGAAUUUAUCAAUCCAAUUUCAGGUUAUCAUUGCUUACUGUGUCAUUCGUUUUAUCCAGAUUAUCCAACCGCAUUGCACCAUUGUACUCUGUUGACUCAUAAAAUGAAAGUAUUGAACGAGCAAAAAAAAAGUAGUGAAAACUUUCAAAAUCCUAAUCAAAUUCAUACAAUAAGUCCAAUGAAUCCUAAUUUAAUUCAAAUUAAUCAACAUGAUUGAGAUGAUAUUGUCAAUUUCUUUGAUCAACUUUUUCUACAGUUAAUAACUUAUCAUAAUUGAUGAUACAUAAUAUGAUGGUGUUAACAUUGUCAGUGAAAAAGUUGGUUUAAAUUUUCCCGUUUUGUCACUGGGAAUAAAUUUCUUUCAAUCCCACUGUGUAAUGGAUGUUUUCCCAAGCAUUGAUUUUUUUUCCAUAACAAAAACCUAUCAGCAAUGAGUGAACGAUGGCGUAGUAUUCGCAAUUUUUGUAGCCACUUAGACACUUCUUUCGCUCAGACUAAAAUGCAAGCAUCGUUUUGAACAUUGCCUUGUCUUUGUGGUUUUGCAUGUUAUUUGUCAGUUCUCAGUUGUGUUUCCAAAAAAUAGUUUUAAAUCUUAUAACAUAAUUAUCAUUAUAGAUUCCGAUGAGCUUUAGUUUGGUCAUAACAUUCAGAAAUUCGCAAUAAAUUUUCCUCAAUAAAAAGGAUGGUAAACCAGUUUGUGAGCGCCGACUUUCGAAAACAGUCUCUAAAAUAAGCAUCAAAAUUUUUGCAAUCGUAAAGCAUGUAGUCAACUCCUCUGGGAUAAAUAUGUUCGUUGUCAUAAUUAAAUUUUCUAAUCUUUCCUGAGAUUUAUCUGAAUUUGAAAUAAAGGCACCUGUCCAGUGGGUGGGAUAGCCUUCAUUUUCAAGUAUUUUGAGAGAGAAAAUCUAAUCAUGUGCAGUUCUUAUAUUGUGUUACUGCACACACAUACUACAAAUAAUACAUUCUCAUGAUUAUGACAUGUCAUUCAGCGGAAAUAAUUUUCCUACUUAUUAUGAGAUAAUCUAAGAUAUAGAUUCAAUAAUCUCUACCGGUCACUAAAUCUUGUUUUUGUAGGCCAUCGGAGAUAUAAUAAAAAUUAUGCUGUAAUUUCCUAGUUAGAAAUUAAAUUUAUGGUAAAUUUGACUGAAAAUAACCUAGCCUAUUUAUUAUUUAUAGCACAAACAGUUUUUAUUGUUCGCUUACUCUGCAUAGUAUGUUAUCUCUACCCCCUCAAAAAGCUACUCAAAAAACUAUUAUUCUUGCAUGAUCACUUCCAUAUACCUUUCUGGGUUAUGUGGAUUUAAUGACCGUAAACUGCUUCUGAUAUCUCAUAUCAGUCAAGCGGUGGUAACAACCAUAAUUAAUAACCAUAACGUAUAAUUCACAACAAUAAUUCCAUACAGCUUUGGUAACCAUUGGCGUUUCAUUUUUCGCUCAUUACUUUAAUCAGAUAUAAAUCUCUUUUUCUUCUAAGUAAGGGAUAAGCAAAUUCUCUUCAAGAAAAAAAGAACGCUUAGUAAAUUUAUUUUAAACAAAAUAAUUGCCAAUUUCCUUUAAACCCUUUGGUUUCAAAUUUUAGUUCCUGUAAAUUUUGAACUCGUCUAUAUUAGUUGAAUUAAAUAACCCCGAAACCCAUGAAAAAGCCUGCAUUGGACACUCUUUUUUUAUUGCAGAAAUUCCUGCCAAAAUUUCGCAUAUAUACCGGUAGGCUAUAUAUUUCAGAGCACGCGUAUUACAGUAAUAAAAUAAAAUAGUAGACCCUGAAAUAUUCAUGUAAGAAAACCAUACGUAUAAUAGGACAUAUGAGUGUUCUGAUAAUAUACUACAAACAUUCUAAUUAUUAAUUAUUACAAACAAGUAUUUUUGGGGAUUUGUGGCAUUCUAUAAAAAAUGUACGCCGGUACACAGUUUAAUUCUGUAACUAUUAGAUAAGUA